GUAAACUGAUCGUUCCAGCUCAUCUGUCAAAUGAGCCAAUGACAGAUCGUGAUCGUAAACGUGUGUGUUUGGUUUGCAGCAGGUGAGCAGCGAAAGCGAAGCUCUUGUUAUAUUGCAGGUGUUUCUUUGGUAACGGUUGCUAACCAACCCCAUACAGAAGAUAGAGAACAGCGACUGGAAAACAAACACUAAUCAUCGAGUCAGUGUGGCGUGUAUGUGUGUCGUGGAGAAAUCAUAAAACAGACCAAUUAAACGUGCAAACAUGAAGCCAUUUAUGCUGGGAAUUGUUUUCCUGCUGGCUGCCAUAGAAAGUGCAACGGCCAUCAGCUGCUACGUAUGCAAUACGACCGACUCAACAACUCCGUUCCAGUGCAGCGAAUGGUUCGAAAGGUUCGAUCGUCCCGACCUAAAGCCAGUUGACUGCUCCAACGUGUACGGGGCAAAGUACUGCAUCAAGCAUAUUGGUCGCUUCGAAGACGGUAUUGGUGCUAAGCGUUACUGCUCGUCGCGUGAUUUAGGCAACUACUGCAACUACGUGCGGAAUCCAGGUGAUCAGAUCGAGUACCGAUCGUGCAUUUUCACCUGCGACACGGACGGAUGUAACGCUGCCCCACGUGUCCCGUCCAUAUCUGUCAGCUUGCUAGCCGCGGUGGCUCUGGUGGUUCCCUUGAUGCAACUAGUCUCCACACUUCUCAGGCAGUAGAGCGCUCUACUCGCUGGACACCUGCACCCGGUGUGAUGCAUUUCGUAACUGUAAAAAAAUGUAGGUCUAAUAUGAUUUACAUUCCCUCGUCCGUCCGUGGAUCAUAGUAAAAUCCCUUGCUAGAGAAGUUUACGCGUUUCCGUCCAUUAUUUUACAUAACAUCAACAACAUCUUAUCAUAACGCCCUGUAAUAUUUGUGCGGUGUAUACACCAUAGUAUGUUUAAAUGCUUUAGAAUAAUGAUAGUUCGUAAUCUAAGUACGAUGUUUUUAAAAUAAAAAUAAAAAUGACAAACUCAUACCGAAUGCUCCGCGAAACGAAAGCUCUAUGGAUAUUUUACAUAGCAUUUUAAAUUAAAUAUAUAAUCGUAUUAAUUACCAAUCAAAUAAAUAAGACUUACCUACUGAAUUGUUAUUUUAUGUUUUGAAUUAUAUUUGUAACGGCAGGGUGAGUAAAUUUGCUUUUUUCCCCGAUUCUAAUUUGACAUGAAAAGGUGUUUAGUACGUUUUUAAUAAUACUACUGAAGGAA